AUGCCUAAUACUCAACAGAGCCAAUUCCGAGUUGUCAAGAAAUGUGUCAAAGCGUGCGUCUAUCGAAAGCCGGUGUUUGGUAAGGGAGCUAAUCUCGUCAUCAAGGUGAAGAAUGAGAGAUGUAUCUAUGAGACGGAGGAGAAGAAAGUUACUGUUACUGAGAGUUAUCUCCGGGCAUUGGAGAGGCGACAAGAUGGCCCGUCACCCGGGGGACUUCGCAGCGGAAGCAGGGUCCGACCGAGACAUUCUUCCGUUUCCGAUUAUGGCAUGACGGGUCUCCUUCCCCGGGAUGCGUCUGUGGCGGAAGCUGACGGAGAUCUUGUGCAAGAUCUCACUCUCGGAACACCAGAAGGAAAUGAAGAGAAUGAGGAGGCACACGAAACGAGAUCCCUGUCACCGAACGAUGUGCUCGAACCCGCUUUUCGUCAGAACCCAUUGGUAGACAAUGAUUAUGUCUUUGGGUAUAUGGGCCCAGCUUCAUCAUGGGCCUUUUGCAGGAGAGUCCUAGCCCUCGUCGGAAAACACCUUCCAGAAGCAAACAACGAUCCUCCACCAUGGCAUCUCGACGGAUCAGCAUUCCGCCUCCAAUGGCGUCCCCUAAUGCCCGACGAACAGCCCGAGAUCUCAAAUUUACCACCUUCCGAUUAUGCAUUCUUCCUUAUCCAGACAGCAAGGUUCUAUCUCGGCCCAUUGGCCAGUCUUAUUGAUGAAGCUGAGUUUCUGCAGCAUUUCAAGGAGCUUUACCAGGAUGCCUCAACCAAGGCGGCUUCUUGUAAGCUUUGGUAUGCGCAGUACUUACUAAUGAUUGCGUUUGGUAAAGCGUUUCUGGGUGGGAAGAGUAUUGAUGGGAGACCGCCAGGGUAUCAGUAUGCUGCGAGGGCAAUGCCACUUAUGCCGGAGUUGGCAGGGAUUGCUUUGGAUCCUAUCCUUUCCGCGCAAGCGCUCACCCUUGCGGCUAUCUACUUUCAGUCUAUUGAUAUGAGAGUAGCUGCAUAUCAGCAUAUAGGACAAGCCCUGCGCAUCUGUGUACUCUCUGGCUUCCACAGACACAUGCCUGAAGAAGUGGUCGGAGCACAGCAUUCCAAACGGUGCCACAUUAUCUUCUGGGUAGUCUACAUGUUAGAUCAAGAAUUUGCGGCUCUUAUCGGGGCUACAAGCGCGAUACGUGACGAAGACAUCACAAACAAAUUGCCUUCUCAGGUUGAUGAUUCUUUGACGUCUCUCAGCUUAACGCUUCAUGUCCAGUUAGCUCGGCUCAUAGCACGGCUUUUGGGGACGGUAUACGGUGUUGGAAAAGACUACGAUGGAACUCUUUUCAGCAACACCCAGUCUAUUUUAAGGAACCUGGCUGAGUUAAACCGUGAUCUACAAAACAUUAUCAACAAGCACUUUCGUGACUCGAUUAGUAAGGCUUCAAGAAUUGCCACACGGCUACUUCUCCAGUAUCAUCAUUGCGUCGUCCUCACAACGAGACCCCAGAUAAUGUGUGCUUUACAUAUGCAUAUCGAACAAUCUAAGACUCGGAUGACACACGGUCUAUCAUUGUCUCGCCCUGUGGCAUCAUUGAUACAAUCAUGUGUCAAUUCUGCACAAUCUAUUCUCAAGACUCUUCGCGCCCUCGCAGACGAGGAUCUAAUUGAAGCAUUUUUGCCGUUCCAGAUCGAAUAUGCAUCGUCCUCCGCAUUUCUCUUACAACUAAUCCCCAUAAUUUGCCCUUCUCUUCUGUCAGACGAUUCUUGGCGUGACGAUGCCCGUUACGUCUUUGAUACCCUGAUCGCUAAGGGAAGUUUGAUCGCUCCACUCAGAAAGGUGGAACUCGAGCAGUUAGAGCAGAAGCUCUCCGCUCUGACGCCAGCAAGCAACAUCGUCACACCAGAGCUUCCCGUCGAGGCAGAACAGAAUGAGGUUACUCAAGAGCAUCAUAACGAAGAGGACGAAGGACAUGAUAUUCAAGAACAUCUCGCAGAUGAGACAGGUUGGGAUCUUUUUGCCGCCAACGCCAUGGCCGGCCUAACCCCCGGCGAGUUGUUGGAUCUAGCCGAACAACUUGAUGUGGACAACUUCCUAUAUCAGCCCGAGAUGUGA